UAAACAAGGAAAAAAAAGGGGGCGAAGUGUGGUGCGAGUGACAGAGAAAGCCGGCGGUUUCCCUCGCCAUUUGCGCAUAUUCCGACGACAACUUCUUCUAUUGUUUUUCACACUUUUAACUUUUAAGGAUCAUAUCAUUUCAAGGCACGCUUAUGCUUAUGAUUACAGCAGGAAGAAGAGUGUAGUACUGAAAUUAUAUCAUUGAGUUGCUUGCAGUUUUAAUUAUUCACCGAAAUGGACCACAACAACAAUGACAACACUGAAAUGUGGGAUUGGGAAGAUGAAGAUUAUGGUUUGCAAACAAUUGCUUCUAACAGCCUAUGGAGCAAUGCAAAUGAGAAUGAAGAUGAUCUUACUUAUGUGUUUAAUGAAACUACCCCAGCAAAGUCCUUUGAGGAUUUGGCUUAUCAAGUCACCAACAAUGAAAACAUAAACAAGGGAAAAGAGCCAUAUAGAGAAGCCUAUUCACAAGCAAAGAGACGCCGAAUGCUGCAAUUUGACAAUGAAAUUGUGGAUGUGGACAUGAUACCCGUUUGUGGCAAGGACUUCUCAUCCACAUAUCUAAAGUCAAAGGAGAGGGAAGCUUCUUUGAAUGGAGCUUUAUCUGAUAUUAAUCAAUGGGUUGAUGGAUUCACAGAUGAUAUUCCUGCAUCUGGAUCUGGUUACGAGGGUUGGCUACAUGAUUGUCUUGUAGAUGAUACAGAGAUGCAUUUAAGCACUAAUGAUUUGAAUCCAUCUGUUCAGAUUGAGCUUACAGAAUCGAAGAAUUCCCAAUCUAAGAAUGAUGAAGAGAUCCCCACUCCUACUCGUAAAAAUAUCAUCUUAAAAGGGAAAAAGUCUUUUAUUAAGACUCGAACAACAAAGAUAGCUUCAUCGGUUGUUCUUCCAUUUGCAUUUGUAAAACCAUGUGGAAUGCAAGGAGCAGUUACUCUAAAAGAUAUAAACCAGAAAAUACUGACUCCACCACCAUCAAAAUCAAAGAAAUCCCAUGAAAGUGAAAAUGAAAAUCCUGAAAAAUCAUAUCCAACUUCAGCUUUCUCAAGGAAGCCUGUUGUUGGUAAAACCAAGAUUCGUACAGAAGGAGGAAAAGAAUUAUUAGUUAAAAAGAAAAAAAGACAAAGAGCAAAAGUUAAGGGAGUCGAUGGAUGGGUAGUGUUUGUAUCUUGA